UAUUAUAUUAUCUACGCAUUGGCGCUUCUCUGCCCCUAGAUUGUAAACUCCUUGGGGGCAGUAGAUGCGUCUUGGCGACCCCGGGAGUUAGGUUCACUUAUUAAGCUGGCACGGUGGGAAUAAAGGGGCGGGGUCUUGAGCUCUGUCCAAGGCGUCGAUAGGUAGAGCCACGGAAAGAGGCGGAGCCGGAAGCUUCCUCUGGGCGCUGAUAGGAAGAGCCGCGGAAGGAGGAGGAGUCCUGACGGGUUGGAGGGUUGUUCCCAUUACAAAAAGAGAGGGCAAGCAAGCCGCGUUGCAUGGGAUGAGGCUUCGUGGGUGGAUGAGGAAAAAUGGGGGAGAGGUGUGACCUUAAUCUCCUAUGACGUGAGGAGACAGUGAUAAAGCACUGGGGAAGUGCUGAAGAAUUACUUCCAAGGUGGGCGCACUAAGGAUUUUCGGGAAGGCGACAAUUAUUUCGGAAGGGCUUUGGGAGGCUAGCCGCCCGCUGAAGGUUCGGUGUUCCGCCUCUGGCCCCUCCCGGGCUGAGACUUCCCGGCUCGUGCUCGCGGCCGCGCGACACUGCGCCUGCGCGCUCGGCUGCGCUAGCCUCCUGCCCUUGGGCCCGCCUCUAGCGGCGGGCUCCGGAGGGCGGGGCAGGCUGACAAGAUGGCGGCGCCCGGGAAGAUGCUGUUUCCGGAGAAACAGAGUCACAAAAAGUACAGGGCCGCCCUAAAGAAGGAGAAACGAAAGAAGCGUCGGCAGGAACUUGCUCGAUUGAGAGACUCAGGACUCUCACAGAAGGAGGAGGAGGACGCUAUUAUUGAGGAACAACAACUAGAAGAAGAGAAGCUGUUGGAGACAGAGAGGCAAAGAUUACAUGAGGAGUGGUUGCUGAGGGAGCAGAGGGCACAAGAAGAAUUCAGAAUAAAGAAAGAAAAGGAAGAGGCGGUUAGAAGACGGCAGGAGGAACAAGAGAGAAAGUUAAGGGAAGAAUGGGAAGAACAGCAGAGGAAAGAGAGGGAAGAGGAGGAGCAGAAACGACAGGAGAAGAAAGAAAGAGAGGAAGCUGCACAGAAGAUGCUGGAUCAGGCUGAAAAUGAGCUGGAAAAUGGUACCACGUGGCAAAACCCAGAACCACCCAUGGAUUUAAGAGUAAUGGAGAAAGAUCGAGCCAAUUGUCCAUUCUAUAGUAAAACAGGGGCCUGCAGAUUUGGAGAUAGAUGUUCACGUAAACAUAAUUUCCCAACCUCGAGUCCCACCCUUCUUAUCAAAAGCAUGUUUAUGACGUUUGGGAUGGAGCAGUGCAGACGGGAUGACUACGACCCUGAUGCCAGCCUGGAGUACAGUGAGGAGGAGACCUACCAGCAGUUCCUCGAAUUCUACGAGGAUGUGCUCCCCGAGUUCAAGAACGUGGGGAAGGUGAUUCAGUUCAAGGUCAGCUGCAACUUGGAACCUCAUCUAAGGGGCAAUGUAUAUGUUCAGUACCAGUCGGAAGAAGAAUGCCAGGCAGCCCUGUCUCUGUUUAACGGGCGAUGGUAUGCCGGACGACAGCUUCAGUGUGAAUUCUGCCCGGUGACCCGGUGGAAAAUGGCAAUUUGUGGUUUAUUUGAAAUACAGCAGUGUCCAAGAGGAAAACACUGCAACUUUCUUCAUGUGUUCAGAAAUCCCAACAAUGAAUUUUGGGAAGCUAAUAGAGACAUAUACUUGUCUCCAGAUCGGACUAGCUCCUGCUUUGGUAAGCACUCGGAUAGGAGAGAGAGGAUGGGGAUCCACGACGAAUACUAUGGUAGGCCAAGGAGGAGGAGAAGUCCUGGUUCAGACCAUGCUUACAAAAGAAACGGGGAGUCCGAGAGGGAAAGAAGAAGCAGUCACAGGAGUAAGAAAUCCCACAAACACAUGUCGGGAAGCCAUGAAAGGCACAGUUCACGAAGUAGAGGAAGAAAAAGGGGCCGGAGCCCCAGCCGCAGCCGCAGCCGCCGGAGCAGGAGAAGUAAGAGCCGCAGCCGCCGCAGCCGCAGCCCGAGUUCCUCCAGGUCGAGGGGCCGUGGCAGGUGGCGGUCAGGGAGUAGAGACAGAAACAUGCCAAGUCCCAAAGCCAAAUAAACCUAUCUUGUUCUGCAGCAAGUAUGUAUCUUAUGUAUUACGGCUGCUAUAUACUUGGAUAGAGGGGUAGGAGCACAGAUGGGUUAGCAAGUCGGGCAGAACUCUAUGUAGACUGAAAUCUUAUUUAAUAUUUUUUUCUGACAAAAAUUGCAUGUUUAGUAUAGGAAACUUAAAAGCAUACACUGUAUAAAUAACACGAAAAUCACCUGUGACCCUAACCCUUAGAGAUAACCCAAGGAACAUUGGCGCAUCGCUUUAGUCUCUCUUCUCCUCAUGGUUGUGUGCACAUUUUUUUAGUUAUGGCUAACAGCUGAAUACGCGUUUUUCAAAUGAUACAUUGUCAUAGUUCAUCAAGCCCCUUAUUUUUUCAUCCUUGUUCUUAACUGCAUAGUGUAGAUCUAUCAAUUUAUUUAGCCAUAUUCCUACUGUUGGAUUUUCAAGUUGCUUAGUUUUAUACUGUUAAGGAAUCCUGUGCUGAAAACAAAAAAUUAAAAAUCCUGUGAGGGUUUCUUUAAAUACUUCCACACAUUUCUGAUCAUUUCUUUAGGAUAAAUUACAUCACAUCAAAGAAUAGAAACAUUAAAGUAUUUCCCAAUUGCCUCCCAGGAAAACUACAAAAAGUUUUUCUAUCAGUAAUCAAGUCUGCAGUUCCCACAAUACCAAGUUACUUUAAGUCUUUAAUGUGUUGAUUUCUCUACUUAUUGGCUAAGCCAAACAAUUGCUUCUGUAUUUAUGGGCCAGUGGUUCUUUUAAGAAAAAACCUAUCGGAUUUUUCUCCAUGCAGUAAUAGCUGGACAGCUUUUUUACUUUGAACAUUAAUUUUCUAUUUUAGAGUACUAAAAAGGGUAUACAGUAACUUUUCUUAACUGCCUCCUAGGCUUCAGUUCCCCUUCAGCUGGGGGCUUUCUGUCAGGGAGUCUAUCUUUAUUAUAGUGUGGGGAAAUUCUUUAUAUACAGGUAAAGCUUAUUUUGGUCAUUUUCAGGAAAAUUAGGGUCAUUGCUACUGAACAUGCCUAGUGUUAAAGCAAUUCUGGUACAAAAACCAGAUUGCUGAGAUUAGAGAACCUCUGUAGAAGCGAAAGGCAAAAUGGUAUCCCUAGAUUUCAGAUCAUAAGAGAUACUCUCAUGUUCCCAUGAUAAAUUUUGUUUUCCUAGUAAAUUUCCUUCCAUUGACGGAAGUUUUACAAGAAGUUUUUAAGCCACUGAUUGGUCCGUUAUCCUGACAGACAUCGAUCUUGAACUUAAAAUUUAUUAACUUGUUCUCAUCGUACACAUGUAACCCAGUCAAAAAACUCCAACUCCACAUCAUCACAGUGGCCCACAGACCUGUUUUCAGUGAAGAGCUGCACAUCAGAGGCUUUUAAGCCAACAAAGGUCUUUUCCUCAUUUUUCUUAAAUAUGUUUUAGUAUGUAACAUUUCAUAUCUGUAGUAAUAAGAUUACUUAAUGAUCAUGAUAACCAGUUUUGAUUCUAGGGUUAGAAACUCUUAGGCAGUAGUCUCUGCAGAUGCCAGUCCACCUCAGGGCGUGUGCUGACACCUGCACUCCGUGGGGAAAACCUCGAGUAAGGGGUGAGAGGAAUCAAAUUCUUUUCGACUACAUGGAGUAAUUGAGUUGUUCAUUCAGAGAGAGUAGAAAAGUCAACUGCAUCAAGGUUUUAAAAGCAUUUAUUGACUGAAAAUAAAUGUGUAGAUAAGCUCUUGGUAGCAUGGAAUCCAUUUUUAAUGAACUUGAAGUACAUGAAGACUCCUUAAAUCUUCCGCCAUUUAUCUUGUGUGUGCUUUAUGACAACCACCACAUUCAAAUGGAGGUGAAUUUUCAACAUUUUACUGAAAAAAAAAAAUUCUUAAGCAGCUCUACAUAGUUUGAUACUUUUGGAAAGAGAUACAUAAAAACACACUACGUUGGUGUACAUUUAACAUUUAUUAAAACUAGUUGGUGAUGUGCUAACACAAUGAUCAUGUGGCCUGGAUAUUGGUCACGAUUACAACAAAGCUUAAUCUAGCCUGGCAUAUACAAGUGAAAGUGUAAACUGUGAAGACAUGUUUAAAUACGUAUGAGUAUGUAUAAAAGUGAUACACAAUUAUACAGCUUUUAAAAAUAUAGGGCCCGCUAAUGCCAUUUUACUUCAUUUAUUUAACUCUCAUUUUUCUAUGAAAGGUGUCUUUAUUUCUCUAAGACUUGAUAGCCAGGCAGUACCAUGGAAGGGAAGGAAGAUAACCAUAAAAUUUGCAGUAGUUCUAAGUGGAGGGAAACAAUAGGGGUGCAAAAUAAAUGUGGCUUUAACAAGCACUACAGAAAGAGUAAUCGUGCGUUAAACAAUGACUUAUGCAGUGCUUUGUGAAGAGACCCACACGUUUUCUGUUAAGAUACUGUUAUGAAGAAGUCCUGAUAAAGCAACAUUCCCACUUUAUUUGGGGCAUCAAAACAAUGCAACUAAGUGACUAAAUCAUUAUGACCACAAAGAAUUCAUCUCAGUAGUCAAAUGUGCGUUGGCCUUAAAAAAGAAUGUGCUCUUUAUUAUGAAACAGUCGAUUCUAUGUUUCUCAUCCCAGGUUCAGAAUGCCAAGAAAUAAUUUUUUGUGUAAAACAGCAUCAUUCUAAUUAAGUCAUUUAAGAUCUGUAUUCCCUUUGUGUUUUAAGGUAUGUAGCUUCCAACAGGAGUCUUUGGUAUAAAUUUGUUUUAGAAAGUCUCAACAUAGAGUUAAAUUUUCAUUCGUUAUGUAACAUGUCAAUUCCCUUUAUUCUCAUAUAUACUGAAAUAUUUCACCGCUUUGGUUUCAUAAAACCAGGUUUCAUGAUUUAACAGUUUCCUUUGUCAAAUACAGUAAUGUAAUAAAUGCA